AUGUGCUGCUCUGACCGCUUUUGCGCAGAAUGUGGGGCUCUUCUUCCUCUUUCCGAAGUGCGGAAUGAAUUGCCCGACGGUGAACGACAUGCUGUAGAAGCAUCGAAAUGGUUUAUCUAA